AUUACGGUUUGCCCGACAGGAAUUAAUACUAAAUUAUAAUUAAAUAAAUUUUCCCGAAUUUUUCUUACCACAAAAAAAAAGGUCAAUAAACAAAAUCGAAUAUGAUUUCGCAUUAAACUCAGUUUCUCACCCUGUUUGUCUAUUCAAACAUUUUAUUGAGCUUUCCCAGUUUAUUCAAUGGGAUAAGCUAUAUGCGGAACAACUUAUAUAAGAGGUCUAAUAAAAUCAAUCAUGAAAAAGAAAAUCUGAAACAAAAUUCAGUAAUUUUUUAUUUUAACUAUACCAAAUUUCUAUAGCCUCUUUUAAAAAUGAGUCAAUUUAGUAUAUUUAAAAAGGCUAUUUUAUAUUUAUUAUUAUUGGAUCUGACUGAAAUUCUAGCUCAAACAACUUGUAAUAAUGGUAACGGGAGAGUUUUAUAUGAAAGGCUUCCUAAUCAACAAUUACAAGGCUUUGAUGAUGAUGUGGUCAGAGACACAGCCCCGCCUUUUAGAGUAUUAGAAAAAUGUCAAGAUCUAUGUUUAAGAGAUCGAACCGCAUCAAACAAUUUAGUAAGAACAUGUACAAGUUUUGAUUUCCAACCUGGAAGUCGAAUAGCAUCAUUUAGUGGUAGUGCUGAAUAUGAAGAAUCAACAUGCUAUUUAACAAGAGAACAAGCUGCACCCGAAGGCAUUGGAAAUUUAAUGUUGGUUCCAAAUAGCGUACAUUUUACGGAAGUUUGUUUAUCUUCCAAUAGACCAGAAAGGGAAUGUCCAAGUAGACGAUAUGUUUUUGAACGACACCCUAGAAAAAAAUUGAAAUUACCCUUAUCUGACAUAAAAGAGCUUACCGCUGCCAAUAGAUCUGAUUGUGAGGACAAGUGUCUAAAUGAAUUUUCUUUUGUGUGCAGAUCCGCAAAUUUUGAUUCAACGCUAAGAACUUGUAGUUUGAGCAGAUUCACAAGACGUACUCAUCCCGAAUUACUAGAAGACGAUCCAAACUCAGAUUAUUUAGAAAAUACUUGCUUAAAUGCUGAAAGACGGUGUGACGGAUUGGCAGUUUUCGUCAAAGAAGAAAAUAAACGACUUGGAGGCCCUUUCGAAGUUGAUAUAUUCAAUAACAUGACAUUAGAGGAAUGUCAGACAAUGUGUCUACGAGCUGAAAAAUACUUUUGUCGAUCAGUUGAGUUUGAUGAUCAAACAAAACAAUGCAUUUUGUCUGAAGAAGACUCGAUUUCUCAAAAAGAUGAUAUAAGUAUUAGUUCAAGUCCAACACAUCAUUUUUAUGAUUUAGUCUGCUUAGAUAAUCAACGUGGUACAGAUUAUCCAGAUAACUCUGUAACGUCCCAUUUGUUCUCAAGUGGUAGGAGACCAGACACUGCCUUUCAAAGAUAUCGAAAUUCUAGAUUAGGAGGUGAAUUUCAUUCAGAAAUUACAGGACGUUCACUAAGUGAAUGUUUAGAUGAGUGUUUGAGGCAAACUAGUUUUCAAUGCAGAUCUGCAGUUUAUAGUGAUCGCUUUCGAACUUGUCGAUUAAGUCGCUAUAAUCAGAGAGAUGGAAUGCGAAUUAUUUACGAUGCAGAUUAUGACUACUAUGAGAAUUUAAUGCUAAACGUCGUUGGAAGUGAGGGACAUGAUGAAAGACCACCAUCUAGACCUGAUAUGAAUACAGGAACUGGGCCAGAUUGGAGACCACCAAAUGAUAAUAAUAGAUUUCCUAAUAGACAUCCAGAUGAUAGAUAUCCGUCUUCAGAAGGAAGAUUUCCUUUCGACGGAAAUAGAUAUCCUCCCAACUAUGAUAACGGUGGAAGAUACCCACCUGGUCCUGAUGGUGGAAGAUAUCCACCUGGUAACGACGCAGGCAGAUAUCCACCUGGAAACGACGGAGGCAGAUACCCACCUGGAAGUGAAGGCGGCAGAUAUCCACCUGGUAGUGAAGGAGGCAGAUAUCCACCUCCUGUUGGCGAAGGAGGUAGAUAUCCACCCGGUACUGACAGCGGGAGAUAUCCGCCUCCUAGCGAUGGCGGCCGGUAUCCACCUGGGGACAAUAAAUACACUCCAGCAAGAUUUCCGCCGCCAAGAGAUCCUGGCCGCUUUCCGCCUUUUUACCCACCAACAGACACACGAUAUCCUCCAACUGAAGAAAAAUAUCCCCCAUUUGUAGGAGGUAAAUACCCAGCUGGUCCCAAUGGGCGAUAUCCUUUAGAAGAAAUCUAUCCACCAAGUGGUUAUGACAGAUACCCGGCAAAACCUCCUCCAACUGAUUAUGAUCCUGGCGUUGGAGAUCAAUAUCCGUCUAAUGAAAUAGACAGAGAUAGAGAUCGAGAAAGGUAUCCUCCACCAGAAAGGUAUCCAUUAGAUAAUUAUGAUGACAGAUAUCAAUCACCUGCUGAUAGGGAACGAUAUCCAGGAUAUGGUGGAAGAUAUCCCUACAGAGAACGUUUACCUGGUGAUAAUAAAUACUACGCGGGUGGUGAUCGUUAUUCCCCGAUUACAGGAAACCAUCUACCUCAUGAUGAUUCAAGUCGCCCAUAUCCAAACGACGACAGAGCACCAUAUCCGUAUUAUGAUUACUUGAACCGACGUUAUCCACCUUCAAAUAGUCAUUCGAGAUAUCCACCACCUGAUGAAGAAAGAUAUCCUCCACCACCCCCUACACGAGGAUACCCUCCUGGUACGGGUUAUAUUGGAAGAGAACAUCCUUUUAGAGAUUUUCCUGAUAAACGUUUCAGACCAUCCUCCUAUCCUCAACGGUAUCCUCAAAUAGCACCCCCUUCUAAUUAUCCACCUCAAAGAUAUCCGCCCCCAGAUUACCCUGAUUUGGUAACCCAUAAUGCUGCAAGGCCAGAACCCGAUUCAGACAAAACUUAUCCUCCACAACCAACGAUAGAUAGCAAAUAUCCUCCUUCACAACCACCUCCUUCAAAUAGGUUUCCUAUAAGCAACGGAAGACAUCCAAUUGAAAUUUAUAAAUAUGGAAACACUGAUAGAUUCAGAGGAAGACCAUCAGAUUUUUACCGCGGCCACCCGUACUAUGAUUUAGAAUACGAUGAGCGUCCGUAUAGUUUAGGAAGACCGGAUUAUAGUAACUAUGAUCGUGAAUACGACAGUGGAUUUAACAGAAGGCCAAUUGGGGGAAUGGGAUAUCCACCGUAUGAACCCCCUCCUUAUAGACCUGGUAUAGCAGAUGGUUAUAAUGGAAUUAGCGGUGGUGCAAGUGCAGGGGUUGGCGGUUCUCGACCUCCACCUCCGAUUCCAUCACGUUGUGAUGACUUUGAUAACUUUAAACAAGUUGCUGCGAGACAUAAAAUGCGGAGACAGUUUAUAAGACGAUCUUUAAUUGCUGCUUCAUUGGCUCAAUGUCAAAGAGAAUGUGCUGAUGCACGAGAUUUCAUAUGUCGAAGCUUUAAUUACAGAGACACGGCAGGUCUAACCUAUGAUGAGCGGGAUUCUCCCAACUGCGAGUUAAGCGACCGAGAUAGUAGAGAACUAGAUAUCCACAACCCAACAUUGUUUGAUUCAGGCAAUUAUGAUUUUUAUGAACGUGGUUUGGGUAGAUCAGACGGAGAAUGCCUCGAUGUUUCACAAACUUGCAACGAAGAAGGAAUGGAAUUUACUUUAAGAACGCCGGAAGGAUUUGUUGGACGCAUUUAUACAUAUGGAUUUUAUGACAGAUGUUUUUUCCGUGGAAAUGGUGGAACUGUAAAUGUUCUAAGGAUUAGCGGACCCCAGGGCUAUCCUGAAUGUGGAACUCAGAGAUAUGGUGAUACUUUAACAAAUAUAGUAGUUGUUCAAUUUUCCGAUAACGUUCAAACUGGUCGUGAUAAACGCUAUAAUCUAACUUGUAUAUUUAGGGGACCAGGGGAAGCCGUAGUUACUUCAGGUUAUAUUGGAGCUGGUCUUUACAAUCCUGAUAGAUCUGGAAGUCCAAUUCCAAUCGAAUAUUUGCCAGCUGAAAACACAUUAAGCUCUAAAGUUCGUUUAAUGAUAUUGUAUCAGAAUAGACCAACGACAACGAUUGCUGUUGGUGAUCCUUUAACAUUUAGAUUAGAAGCUCAAGAUGGAUAUAAUCAUGUAACAGAUAUUUUUGCAACAAAUGUAGUUGCUAGAGAUCCAUAUUCUGGUAGAAGUAUUCAACUAAUUGAUCGUUUUGGAUGUCCAGUUGAUCCAUAUGUUUUCCCUGAAUUGGAUAAAUUACGGGAUGGAGAUACCUUAGAAGCAAGGUUUAAUGCUUUCAAAAUACCUGAAUCAAAUUUCUUAGUUUUUGAAGCAACAGUUAGAACAUGUAGAGAUGGUUGCCAACCUGCCUAUUGUCCAGGACCUUCUGGAAGAUCAGAACCUUCCUUUGGCCGCAAAAGAAGAUCUAUUAAUGAAACAGAAUACAUUGAGGAUGCAACAAACUCUACGACUGAAUUAAUAACGAACACUGAAAAAAAUGACACAAAGAUUAUCGAAAAUAGCGACGGUAAUUCACCAGAUGAAGCAGAACAAGUUCGAGAAAUGAUAGAAGUAUUUGAAUCAAGAGAAGAAAUCGAACAUGAAUCGUAUGCUCGGAAACUGAUAGCACCAAAGGAACAAGUCUGUAUGACAGACAACGAAUAUUAUGGAUUAAUAUCGGCUGUUAUAAUGUUAAUGUUCUUAUUGUUCACUAUAACAUUAAUAUCCGGUUUAGCUUAUAGAAAGUAUUGGAUAAUAAUUUCAAAGAAUCGUAGUGUUGAUCGUAGUUCGCCAUCAUCAUUUUCCCCAUCAACAUUGAGAACUCAUGAGCGAUUUAGUGAAAUCGGUAACUUAAACACCAACCGAAAUAAUCAAUUUAGAGGAAAUAUGUCAUUAUUUGGCAGUGGUUUGCAAAAAACGUUUGCUACCGGAAAUUUAGCAAGAAUGUGCCAAAUACCGGUAAAUUCAUUAAGAAAAAAUAUAAGCAAUGCACAAUUUGAUGAUCCUAGUGAACCGAUAUAUACAGAUCCAUCUUUAUUCGAACGAUCAAGGUCUUUAAGGAGCUUAACGGAAAGAAAUGAUAAUCAUGAUCUAUAAAAAAGACCCACCUUGAUUGAAUUCAUUUGCUUUAAAACUUUUCUUUAUAACUUUAUAAAACUGUAUAUACAUACAUAAUACAUAUAUAAUAUGUAUAAGAAUAAUUGUGUAGGAAAAAAAAAAUUGAUUAAAGUAUAAGAUUACAUGAAAUUUAGUUAAAAAAAAUAAAAAUUUAAAAUCUGAAAUCAUAAUUCAUUAAGUAAUUUUAUAAAUAAUGAACUAAAAAUAUUAUAAGAAAAAUAUUUUAUAUAUGUACGUUAUUAAUGAAAAAGGAAAUAUCCGUACAUUCUAUAUCAGUACGGAAGCUCAUAUUCACUGCAACUGUGAUUUUUGAAGCAAAACAAUUAUAUGAUGCCUCUGUUAUUUGUAUAUGGCGAACGCCUCCAAUAAUACUUUAAUUACUACUUAGAGUAGUAAUAAAUCUGGACAAAUAUGUAUAUACUAAUAAAAAUAUUAGACAAUAAGACAAAAUCAUUUUGAUAAAAAUUUAUUUAAAAUUCUUAAAACUUCAGAAAAGAAAAUUACUUAAAAAUGUGCACUUACCUUAAGCGUAUUAUUAAAAUUUAAAUAUAAAUA